UUCCGCCCAGGUGAUGUGAAGUUUUAAAAGUGGACUCUAUUUUAAACAAGGUUUUUAACUUUUUAUGUGUGAAUUUCAAUUAAAUUUUGGAAAAUUAAAUGUGUGGCUAAAUACAUUCAGUCACAAUGAGCGGAGCGGAGGCUGACAUUUCAUCUGACGGUGAAACUAGCUUUGAGGAUGAGGAUGUUCCCCUACCCCCAAGUCCACUGAAGGAGGGGACCGACGAACCUUUUCAGGUGGUGUUGAAAGGGGGUAGCCCGUGGGGAUUCACAUUGACAUGUGGAACGGAAUCGAAAUCUUCUGUUAUAAUUGGUGCUAUAGAAGAUGGUGGAAAGGCCUGUGACAGUGGGAAGUUGAAGGUUGGAGAUUAUCUUCUGCAGGUCAAUGAGGUCAGGUGUCUCACACUACAAGUGGCACAUGAACUUAUAGACAGCGCUUUCAGAACACUCACACUACUAGUCUGGAGGGGCACUACUGACUCACUCUCACCCCCAGUAAGGUCCGCCUCCUUUCUCCAGAAGACACGAGAACUGUCGGAGAGAGCAAGAAAGGCUGCCGUACAAGAUGACAGUGUACUGUUCUCAGAGUCAAAGAGUUCCUCAACUCGCAUGAAACCUCGACAGCGGAGGAUUGAGAGCUUCCAUGGUGGUAGACGUGGUUCGGUACAUUCAGGUAGUUCGUCUGCUUCUGCGUCAGCAUCUGCAUCUGCAUCUGCUACAGCUUCUUCUACGCCACGAUUAACACAGCAUGGGGACAGUAGUAGUCCAGCUACCCCACCCACCUCUACAUCAGAAAGUGCAAAGCCUGGCCUGAAAGGCUGGGCUACAGAACAUGAUCUUACAUCGUCAAGGCAACCAGUCAUCAUGUCUGGAAGUCAUAUGACCCGAAAUGUGCCAUUAACUCCCGCCAAAUCAUCGCCAAGUCUGAAUCAAGAAGACUUGGUGAACUCAGUGACUAAUCCAAGAAGUUAUAAUCCAAAAUCUCCUACAGUGCACAAUAUGACAAAAUCUACAACAGACAUUCCGGAACAUGUAAACUAUGAAAAUGUGACCUCACCUACAAGUCCUAAAAGUCCAUCUUGGUACCAACAAAAAUUACCUAAUCGUUCUGUGUUUGACUUUUCUUCCUCGUCUGCAAACAGGAGAAGUGGCAGUCCGAGGAAUUCAUACGCUGGAAGUAGUCCAAGGAACUCUUAUGCUAGUGGUAGUCCGAGAAAUUCUUACGCUGGUGGGAGUCCAAGAAAUUCAUAUGCUGGAUAUUCAUCAUCCUAUGUGCCUUCAAAUUACCCAACAUCCCCUGUAACAGGGUUUGCUCCUAUGUCAAUAUCUGGCAGUAUGCUGUCACAAACACAAACAGACUCUAACCGAACUGGUGCAAAUUACAGUCAAAAUCAAAAACAGUCUGGUGCAAAACAAUAUAGUUAUGAUGACACACCUACACAUCCUACAAACAAGAACUAUGAUCGUAGGUCUUUACCACCACAAGCAUUGCAUCAGUUUAGACAAGAAUUUCAGAGAGAAAAUAAACAAGAAACGCCAAAACAAUUAACAAGUAUGCCUGUGACUCGAGAAGAAGAGGAACUGGAUAAAGAAAUUCCCGAUAUGAAACCAGUUCCACCAAAUGACCUUGACAUCCGUCCUAUGUACUCCCCACCAGCGCCACCUGUCAGAGACAUUUCUAGUUUAAAAUAUGUGACUUACCGUCAAAAUCAUGAAAAAUAUCCAUCAUGGCCGGUAACUGCAGCACAGCAACCACAAAAUCUUGGACCUCCAAUAGAUACACAAAAAGUUGAAAAAGGAAAUGAAAGUGAAAAUAGUGGAAGAAGUGAUAAAAUUCAGGUACAGGUUGUCAAACCUGAAGGUAAAAGAAGCCCCAGUGUAGAACGAAGGGGUGGUGAAGAAAGUAAAACUCGAAAUCAGAGUGAUCCAGGAUUUAAGCAGAAACCUAAGAAAAACUUUUACACAAAUAGGAAGCCAAAAGAGAAAAGUGUUGAAGAGUCAAAACCAGAAGGUGAAAGAUUUGAUGAAUUUUGUAGACAAUCAAAGCCAGGUUACCCUCCACCAAAGCUUGAUCCAGAUGGUCAUAACUUUGGUGAUGAAAAAUACAGUAUUCCUUCUCCGCCAGAACGAGACAUGCCAAAUCUUGACGAAAAGUCUCUUGUUGAAAAAAUAGCCGCAGUGAUUUCUCCGAAUUCUUCUUAUCAGCCAACUUACCACCAUACUAUCCAAUAUAAUAUGGCAGCUGAAAAUAAUCAGUCAAGAACUCAAAAAUCAGAUGGGGCUACAAGCCAAAUGUCAAAUUCACAUAUAUCUAAAUAUGCAGGAACAUAUUUUCAACAAGCGAUGCACGCACAGAAUUUGCUACGACCUAAUAAUUUGUCUCAUAGUAAAAACAUGGUUGAUUCAGGAACUAGUCCCCUCCAGAGUCCUAAUGAAGACAGAGGAAGGUUUUUAAGGACACUAAGUCCGCAUCCUCGAAGUGAAACUGGUGUCUCGCCUUCUGAUAAACCAAGGGGGGUAAUUGUUACACAGCGGCCAUAUUAUAAUACAAGUACUCAGACUGAUGACAGUUUAGCAAACCAGUCUGAACAAAAUAAAAAUGAAUCUGGUAACCAUGGUGAUACAGGUUUAAAUUCUUUGUCAUCAGUAUCAACUGUUUCAACAUUAAGGUCUGAAGCAUCUUCAAACAGUUCUGGUAUCGGAACUAUGACUUUUAGUGAUCACUCCAGUGCUCCGAUGUUGAGAAAACUGUCGGAGGAAUUUUAUCGUGGAAAGUUAUCAAGUUCAGUUCCAAAUGAAAAGAGAAUGUCGUCUGCAUCUACUUAUGAAGAAUUGAAAAGUCCUCGCGAUUCAAUGUUUGGUGGUAUGAAAGAAGCAGACUCCUAUAGCAGUGUUGUUAUUCAUGCACAUGAAUCUUCUGGACCUUUCGGUAGAGAUGAACUAGGCUCGAGCCCAAGUAUAAAUUCUAAACCAGAAAUGUCAGACAGUGAACAUGAACACUAUGGAGAUUACAGACAUAAAGCUCGUUAUAGUAUGGACUCGGCCUUAAUGUUGCAGAAACAUCCUGGAAGCAUGAAUAUGCCUCCGAGAAGUUUAAAUGAGUCACGUUUUACUUCAGAAAGUAAUCUGUCAGGUGAAAACUAUAGCCAGCGGAGCCAUAGUCAAAGUUUGAUUCAUCUUAAUCGACCAUCUUCAUCAUUAGGGGAGGCAACCCAGUCUCGGCAAUUUUCACAGAGCACUUAUUCAUCAUCGUCAUCAUCAUCAAGGCCCCAAGGUUCUAUGGAAGCACGAUCCUCUGGAAGUCGGGUAGGUUCAGAUUCAAGUACCAAGGGAGAUAAAUCUAGAAAUGGCUCUGAUUCAGUAUUUUAUGACAGAAAUUCUCCAGUGUCUCAAGACAGCAAGAAAGAAAAUUCUGGUGCAAAAAGUGCAACAUUAGGUAGAAAGGAAAGUAUGAAAAUGGCUUAUGGAACUUACGAUGAAAAUGAACAUCAUUAUGCCACCCCAUAUGGUCAUCAGCGAAAUAGUAGUGAAGUUUUAUCUCAUAGUGCUAAUGAUGCUAAUGUUGCUCAUGGUAGAUCCAUGUCAUUUAAUGAUUACAUGCCUAUGCACUACAGCCAAAGUGAGGCGCAUCGUCUCGAUCAAAUUAAAGAGGAGGGCUCAGAAAUUAGGUGGCAGGAGGCUGUUAAAAAAUCUAAGUCAUUGUCGAGAGUAAGCACAUCAAAUUACGAGAAUAUUUCAUUAAAUCUGAAGGAAGGAACAUCAAGUAAAAGUAGUGAUUCUGAAAGAUCAGACUCUGAAAAGAAAAAAGAAUCAAAAGGUCUGAGACGGAUUGUAUCUGAACAAUUUAGGCCAAAGAAACAAGAUAAAAGUCUUCAAAGAAAGAGUGAUUCUAAUAAAAGUGAAUAUAGUUCAAGUGGGGGAGAAUCAUCUAAGGGAAAUAAAUCUGACAGUGAAAAUGUACCAAAAUCAAUGUCUCAUCAGCAUUUGUCUGACUCGGAUUUAAAGAGAGUGCAACAAAAAGCUUUACUAGAUUUUGUUGAAAGAAAAAGUGAUAAAUCACGUGGUUCAGAUAGCUCUGAGCCCCAGAGUCCGGUAGUCAAGGAUACUUCUCCUGGGUAUCCCCCACCCCCUCCCCCAGCUGAGUGUGCAUCCCCAGUAAACACUACAUCCCUUCCUCCACAACCUGCCUCUCCAUUUGCCGACAUAACAAAACGUUACAACUACACAAAAGCUCAACGCAAUGAGAGUUUACGCAGAACACAAUCCAUAACCUCGAAUUCCUCUCGGGAUUCUGCCUCUGAUUAUAUGGACAUGAAACGUUCAGAGCGUAGUUACACGACAGAGUGGAGUAGACUGCGCUCCCAGGAUGGGGCUCUACCUCGGCGCCCGCUCUCGAUUGGCUCGGACAUCAGCAGUGUUGAUCACUUGCAGUUGCAGUCUCCAAGUACAACCCCUGAAAUUGAGACAAUACACCAAAGAAGUUCCAGUGAAACAUUACCCAAACACAUUCUUGCAGAACAAGACAGACAAGAACAGCAACCAGACCUUGUUCCUCCACAAGGAAAUAAUGAAGGUAUGGUGACAUCACCGAUCUAUCACAAUUUAUCUCCCGGGGAUUAUCCGAGGCGCCCUCCGCCUCCGAUCCCCGGGGUAAAUGAAGAGGCACCUCCUGCUUUACCUCCAAGAUCAUACCAGAGGUUUACUAGUAGUAAAUCAGAAUCCUUUUUAUUAUCUCGCGUGGAUCAAAGCCAGAGAGACGAGUUAAAAGAAUCAUAUAAUCGUGAUAAUGCCGGUGCUGGUUCCAGGCGUUGGGACAGCAGUGGUACUGGUACUCUUAAAGAGGACGCUUAUGCGCAGCAGUUACGUAAACAAGCUAGGCGUUUCUCAGAACAAACUAAACCUAUAUCAAUGCAAGUAGUGUCCACAAAAUCAACAGUACAAGUGUCGCUAUCACAGUCAUAUAAACAAGAACCUACGACAGCUCUGGAAGCUGUUCCGGUACAAAAAGUCACCCCAACAUCAUCACCAAUACAGACUGAUGUUAAAACAAGUGCUGUUCAUCAUUCACCGCCCUCAUCGAGGGACAGACUUACUCCAGAACCUCCUCCUCUUCCAACGCCAUUGAAGAAUGGGGAGACAGAGAUUUCUGUGGAUUUAAAUACAACUGCCGAUUUUCCACCACCUCCUGUGGAGUUCAUGACUGGUGCAGAUGCGGAGGAACACAACAACAGAUGUGCUGAUGAUUCCUACGGUUCAUACAAGACUCGCACAGCACCUCGGGAGCUCGGUAAAUACAAGCGGGCAACCUCAGACAGCAGCUUGUUGAGGUCGCACCAGGAGCACAAACCAUUCCGCCCCCAUCCUGAACUGAGUAGUCGCGACGUGGCUGAGGUCACACCAAACAAACCUCCGAGAAAGAAGCUUGAGCUUCAGGGACGUAAUUCACCGACACAAGGUUAUCGUUCAAACAGUCCUGGUAUGCACCAUGUAGAUAAUCAGAAACCAGCGCCACAGGUACCAGCAUUCCAAGCGGCUGAAGUGAGUACUGUACAACAUGCACAAAAAUCAAUGGCAAAGCCUUUGCCUUUGAUUUCAGUGCAGAAGCUGAACUCUCCAUCAAGUGUUUCGAAUUCGUCUGGAAGUUUCGUAAGCACAGUUGUACAAAGACCAGCCAUGAAUCAGCAGGAAAAAACGCCAACAGCGGAUGAACCUGCUAGGUGUUCAGUUAAGGACCGCAUUAAAAAUAUUGAAGUGUUCAGUCAUUCUCCACUUUCCUCUAAAAACCAGCGUCAAUCUGGCGAUCAUGGAGAUAGAGGCUCAUUGUCACUGGAAGAAAAGGAAAUUAAUGCUGCCGAUUCUUUAGAACAGUUAGAAAGCUCAAUAAAAAGUAGUGAUAGUUUCAGGGAUAGAUUAAGACCUGUUGUGAAAAGAACGGAGACAGAUAAGACUGUAGAUCAGCAUGUUCCGUCGGAGCGAGUCAGUACUGACGCUGCAGACAGUGUUAGAAUGACUCCACCAGUACCAAAUCGGACAUAUAGGCAGAAACAGCCAAGUGUUCAAAAUGAACCAGUGUUUAGGAAAAAUUCAUUCCAAAAUCAUAACGCUGCACCUAGACCAUAUGAAAACAAAAACUCUGGAAGUGUAAAUAUUCAUAAUCCAUUAAAUCAGAAUAAUUUUGUUAACUAUAAUCAAGGUUUUGGCUCCGAGUCCAAGAGAAGCCCAGGUCAGUCGGUGCCUGAGCCACAAGUGCCUGCAAGACCACAGAAGCAGAACUUGGGCUCAAAUAAUGAACAAAACCUUCGUGAUCAAAAUUCAAGUAUACCUAGUCCAGACUCUAGACUGAAACCAAAUUACAGUGAUGAAAGUGUGCAAAAUAGAGACAAUACGCAAACAUCAGGUGUUUCAAGCGGACAAAAGAGAAACUAUGAAAGUUCAUUUUCAAGGUCACGGAAUCAUUCUUCUGGAAGUUCAAAUAAUUCUCUUGGUCCAGAGAGCCAUCAAAGUGAUAAAAGUGUUGCUAAUUUCCACAAUAGGCUUCCACCAAAUACUCAGAAUGAGCAAAACAUGAGAGGUAACUCUCAAAGAAAUGAUCACAGGGGAGAUAACUCUUUUGAACAUAGACAUCAGCAGUCACAUGAUCGUAGGUCACCAGGUCAAAGUAGAAACUCUACUAACGAGUCUCGAAAUUUGAAGUCGCAUUUACAACAUGUUGACAAUCAUAGUGUGAACCGUAAUAACAGCCAGUCAGAUCCCAGUUCUAGGACAAGCAACUAUGACACACAAAAUAAAGAUUCACCGGAUAAAAUGCGAGACAGUGUAACAAAUUCUGAUAAAGAUAGGCAUGGUUCACAAUUAGUCACAGUGAAUCAUGGCCGUCAGCCGUCUGCCGAAGAAUUAGAAUGUGAUCAAAAGGCACAAGAGCUUGCUAAAGUAUUGAAGGACAGUGAUAAACAGUUAAGUGAGGUGCUAACGUCGGACAGUAAGAAAAUACGCAUGCAGUAUUUGGAUGGUUUACUUCCGGUUGAUUCGGAUCAGGGCGAGGAGAGACGACCUCGUUCUGGAACAAAAACCGAAGGUUCCGCUGAGGAAAAGAAGGAAAAGACUGAGGAUGAGCCAACCUCACCUAUGCCAUCUAACUACUAUGUGUCGCCACCUAAAGCUAUGAUUGAGCUGGAAAUAAGAAAGUUUGGGGAUCAGCUUACACAAGACAUCGGUGAUAAUGAUGCAUUGGCACAGAAAAAGGAGGAGCUGUUACAGCGUAUGGUUAAAAAGGUUGAUAUCCUCAAAGAAGACAAGAAAGAACUAUUGAUUGACAUAGAUGAUAAUGAAUCACUUGGAAAACAGGUUGUAACAUGUGUUGAGAAGAAGUGCCGUAAUCAGCAGGAGAAAGAUAAAUACAAGUCAUACAUCGAGGAUAUUGACAAGAUUAUUCGUCUCCUCCUCAAACUGUCUGGAUUGUUGGCCAGGGCAGAGAACACCAUACAGGGCCUCACAGAGAAUGCAAAUGAAAAGAUCAAGAAAAUGACAUAUGAUAAGAGAGAUCGCCUGUACCAGCAGCAUGAGGAUGCAAAAGAGCUCAAAAUUGACAUUGACCGGCGUAGCGAGCAAGUGGAAGCGAUAUUACUGGAGUGUCUGUCUGCGUCAGAACUGGACGAUUAUCAUUACUAUAUCAAAAUGAAGUCAAAAUAUACCAUACAGAUGCAAGAACUGGAGGAUAAAAUCACACUCGGCAAUGAACAAAUAGCUGCUCUCCAGAAAAGUAUGCCUAGCAAACCUAAGUCAUAGUGAAACGACAGUGUUGACUUACAACAUAUGUUAAAGUGGUGCAGAUAGUUUUGUAAAUUUAAAACAUGUUAGGGAUUCAGAAGAAAUAAAUUGUUACAAGACAAUCGUGUAUACUAAAACACAGUACAUGUGUAUAUAGAAUACAAGAAAAAAUGUGCAAAAAAAUAACAGCUCAAUGGUGCUUUUUUUUUGUGAGACUAAAUUUCCUACCCUUAAAGUUAUAGGCAAAACUGGAGGGUAUUCCAAAUGAAGAAAAGGAAUAUUAUUAUUGAAAUCCCUUUUUUAUACAGUUGGAAAGGGUAUAAAAUGGAAUGGCAGUCUUUUUUUAAAAAAUUGAGAGUGUUUGCAGAAUGAAUUAGCAGUGAUUAUAGUGGUUUAUUGGAGAAUAUGACAGUGUUUUUUUUAAAAGGAUAUGAUGGAUAGGGCAGAGAUUUAUAAAAGAAUGUGGAUGAAAUGCAAGCAAGGAUAGGACAGAAAAAAAUAGUGAGUUUAAAGGUAGAGAGACUGCAAAAGAAAUAAGAGAAGUCUAUAUGAAUCCUGGUUAUUAUACCAAAGUCUUUCGAUUAAGAAAACCAUUUCAUUUAAGAAUCAUGAGAAAAAGUCUAAAUGAAAAUGGCUUUUAAAUAUUUAUUUUUGAUUUCUCCUUGAUGAUUAUUUUAUUUAUUUCGAAGUCUCUUUAACCGAGACUGUGUAGGCAUUUAAGGGGAACACAACUGUGUAUUCGAGAAUGCAUUGAGAGAUUGUAUAAAUACAUGUAGAUAAGUAUAUAUAUUACUUAAGAUGAUUUUUGGUGAGAAAAGGAUAGAAUUAAGUCCUUGAGAGGAGGGAAGCUAUAAGCUGCCAUCUACAUGUAUAUUACAUGCAUUCAUGUGAUGUAAAUUACAUGUUUUUACAUGUAUACAUGUGAUGUAGUUAUUAUGCGUGUACAUGUGAUGUAAAUUACAUGUUUACAUAAAUUGUAAAGUACAUGUUUGAUAUUCAUAAAACUGACAUAAAAUCAUGUUUUAACAUAUCUUGUCAUUACUGACUGUACUUUUAAAUGUAACUAAACAAAGUGGGACCAAGUCCCUUAUCAAAUGUUUUCUUUAUUGAAUAAAGUGUAUCCAUUUUUUUUUCCUGCAUUAAUUUUUAAAAAGUUUCACUCACAUUUUUAGUUGCCAAUCAUAUUUGGAACGUUUUUGUUUUGUAGGAUCUGUAUAUAUGUAUAUUGAUGAAAGUGUGUAUGUAUGUAUAGAUUUGUACAGUAGUACAUCAUUAUUCUAAAAAAAUGGGGUAUUUCAUAGGUUUUUACUAAACAUCUAUAGAAAUGUUAAAAUUUUUAUUGUCAUACCAAUAUGUGAUAAAUAACAGUGCUAAUACUUUCGUUUCAUCAUAUAAUUGUUAAAUGUUUUUUUCAGACUUUUGAAUACAGUUUCAAUGUCAUAAAUGAAAUGAAUAUUCUGUAAAAUGGAUUUUUCCCCAUAUCUUGAAAAAAAUUUAUAUUUUUUUACCAAUUUGAAAAAUAUACAAUCUAUUUCAAAUACAUUCCAUUAACAAAAUUACAAACCUCAUUUUGAGCAGUUUUCCUAUCUUGUAGUUCCAGAUUUUUCUCUGUACUGUUGGUUUGAAUCGAAAUGUUACAUGUUUUAUAUGAAUUAUCUUGCAGGGGAUAAUUCUACUGUUAGCACAUUUUACAGAAACUGUCAUGUUUGUCAAUACAAAAACAGCAACGUUCAUCCAAAUAAAAAAUAAAAAUGUGUGUAAUCUAA